AUGCUAUCAGCCUCAACUCUUGAGAAGGUGACAGUGUCUACAGCACAACCUACUACUCAGGCAACUACCAUUAAUGAGAAAGUUAUGGAGUCUCCUAUUUCAGGGGCUGCUCGUUCUUUAUCAGCUGCAACAAAUAUUAUUGCUCAAGAAAACUCUUCUGCCCAUUUGGAAAGCGAGAGAUUGAUUGAGCCUGACUUUGGUUCAAAUAAGUUUUCCUCAUUGGCUUUACUGGAAGAAGAAGGAGGUUCGUCGGAAUCAGACAGAGAGUCGGAUGAGAUGGAUGUCAUGACACCUUCCGGGAAAAGAAUCCUUCGAGAGAGACCGGUUAAACCAUCAGCAAAGGCUAAAGAAAUGCAUUGGCAAGCAACCGCUCGCGGACGUGGGAACCGUGGACGGGGAAGUCGAGGCUAA